CAUAAUUACUUUAAUAAUAUAAAUAAAUUGGUACCUUUAAGUGAAUUUCAGUGAAUAUUAAUUUCAUUGUUUUAAUUUAAAAAAAAAAUGAAUUUAUGCAGUAUACGCUUUCAUUUACAAUAUGUUAUAGUCCCCCUGUCGUUGUUUGUUACGACUGUAAUGACGAACUGCGAGCUAGUGGAUAUCGUUUCGAAUUGUCAGUACACUAUUGUAUGUCAUCAUCACGCCGGCCGUGCGUCCGUACCUCUAUGCCGGGGCGAACAAAAUAUCACCUUCGUUAUAACCGGCGCAAAUACUCCUCUGGUGAAUUUAAACUACUUCGGAGCUACUAACUUCGAUGAGAGACUACGCUAUUUUAAGGUUACCAACAGUACGUGGAGCGUUUUGUUCACGAAUGCUUUCAAAUACUUCUUGAACGUAUUCCACGUGGACUUCGCCGGGAAUAAUAUAAAAGAAAUCAAGUCUGAUGCCUUUGCCAAUCUACCUAGACUAAGGUACCUUAAUUUAUCAUCGAACUGUAUAUCCGUGAUAGAGAACAGAGGCUUUAAAGUAUCGGACGCGGGGAAUGUUCUGGAAACGUUAGAUUUAUCGAAUAAUAGUCUAACUAAUUUGUAUGAGCACAUAUUCUAUCCAUUGAUCAAUUUGAAGUAUUUAUAUUUACAGAGCAAUUUGAUACAUUUUAUCGAUGACAGCGCCUUUUUGUAUACAAAAAACGUUGUGAUUUUGCAUUUGGAAAAUAAUCUAAUUAGUUCACUUAACAUGACUCUCAUACAUUUAAAAGCGCUGACUGACCUGGAUUUGUCACAUAAUGUUAUGACUCAUCUGAGCGGCUUCGAAAUUAACAGACUGAAUUCUUUGGUAAAUUUAAACUUAUCUCAUAACGAAUUGAGUACACUAGACUUUGAUUGUUUCAGUAACGAAUAUAACAUAAAGAUAAUCGAUUUAAGUCAUAACAAAAUAAGGUCCACAAUCGAAAACACCAUGUUCACGAACAACAAAAGGCUUGUGUUCUUAAAUCUGUACAAUAACUACAUUUCUACAAUUCAAGAUAAUACGUUUGCGAAUAGCUCGCUUGUGUACUUGAAUUUGGAGAAAAAUAAUAUUACCGGUGAGAUUGGUCAGAACAUGUUCACUGGCUUACAAAACAUCAUUACGAAAUCUCUAGAUUUAUCCAGACAGAACAUAACUGCUAUCAACAAAUAUUCAUUUUCAAAGAUGUAUUUACUGUUUUCUCUAAACGUGAGUCAUAACAGAAUUAGUUUAGUUGAACAAAAGAGUUUUGGGAAUGCGUUGAAUGUUCUAGAUUUAUCUUAUAACAACAUAUCUAGCUUAGAUUUUCUCAACGACAGCCUGUCCAACUUAACUGAGCUAUAUCUGAAAAAUAAUGGCAUCCGCAUUGUUAAAAAGAAUGCUUUCCAAAACCAAAUAACGCUUAUAACUUUAGAUUUGUCCGACAACAAAAUUAUACAAAUAGAACAAUAUUCUUUACCAUUGAAAAAAAUUCAGUACUUAUUACUGUCGGGAAAUUUCAUUAGUGGCGUCAUAAAAAAUAAUACUUUUAGUGGAGCUAAGUAUUUAAGAUUUUUGAAUUUAAGCAAUUUUAACAUAACCACAGUAGACGAUAUGGCUUUUGUUGAUCUCCCCGUUCUAGCAAGAUUGAACUUAUCUCACAAUCAGAUUGACAGUUUCAAGCCAAACAAUUUUCGGGGUAUGGAAAAUUUGUAUAGUUUGGAUAUAUCUAGCAACUGUCUCAAUACCCUAGUAUUAAAUGGCACUAAAUUGACAAAUUUAUUAGCAUUCUUUUUGAACAACAACAAUCUCACGAAUAUCUCCGAAAUAUUCCCCGGUAAUUCUGGACGAUCGGUUCACUAUUUAGAUAUGUCUUUUAACAAUAUUUCCGACUUGACAGGGGUGAAUAAUGAAAAAUUUCCAAACAUAUCAGUAUUACGUCUCGCACACAAUCAAUUAGUUUCAUUUAAUAACGAGUAUACGAAUUCACUGACAACAUUGGUCGAUUUAGAUUUGAGUUCGAACAGGUUGACAAACGUGCUACUGACGUAUUUCAAAGCGCUUCUAAACGUCAACUUGAGCGAUAAUAACCUAACUUCAAUAGAUAGUGCAAUGUUCCAGAAUUCGGAAUAUUUAAAGGCGGUUGAUUUGAGUAACAAUAAGAUAUCGACGGUGAAGCCUGGCACGUUUCAGAGCAUGAAGAACUUGAAACUGCUUAAUUUAUCAUCGAACUAUUUAACCGAAUUACGCUAUGGUAGUCUCAAAGGACUCCAUAAAACAGAAUUGUUGGAUUUAUCAAGGAACAUGAUUAGAAACCUGAGCGUUGAUGUAUUUCAUGAAUGUCUCAAGUUGGAGUCUCUGAUUCUAGACUAUAACCAAAUAAAGACUUUUAAUGUCCAAGAAUUAUUGGAAAAUUAUUUGUUGAAUUUAAAAACUUUGAGUUUGGGUGGAAAUCCUAUUUCGUGCCGAGAGGUGAACCUAAAUGUAUAUGCCGGCAGGAAUAAACGGGUCGAGGUAACAUCCUUAGAUAAGAUUUAUCACGAGGAUAAUGUGCACGGCAUUUUGUGCGGUGAUUAUUUGUUGUCAACAACUGUUGGCACUACUGUUGUUACAGUCCAGCAGACAACAGAAUCGUUAUCGUCAACAUCCUCGAUAGUUUUGAUAUGGUGCUGCAUUUUAACCACUUUGUUAGUGCUGGUAGUUGUUUUCCUCUUUAUAAAGAGAAAAAAAGUAUAUUCGGUAAAUUUAAAUAGAUUUAUAAACCCAAUUAAUAUAAAUGAAUCUGAAUUGGAAAUGAACGGUUCUGAAUAUCAGAGUGACAAUUAAAAUUAAGUAAUUGCAACUAUUAAAUAACAUAUAACAGAGCAUAGCUGAUAAUAGCUCAACGAACACUUGUCCAGAUUUAUUAUUUUUGUGUUUGUCAAAUAACAGUUA